AUGUCUUAUCAAAUUGGUACCUGUUAUGGGUGCCAAAAAUGUUUGUAUUGUGGUAUUAUCGAAGAUUGUGAAUGUGAUAAGACUAUUAAACCUACUAAAAAAAACAGAACUGAAGAAUGA